AUGGCGCUGCGCAAUAACGAGCGUAACGUUGUCUACGAACGGCUCUUCAACACAAUACAAAGCGGCCGUUCAGUGCACUGCAGAGAGAGUGCGGCGUACAGUCGAUGCGAAUUGUUUGUUACCAUUACUCAUAACAAGUGCACGCUUCAGGUCAACAACGGCUGGUGUCUAAUGCAUACAAAUACACCACAGCAGGACAUCUGCAGACACCACAGGCCGGUCGUCAUCGACGGUCAACCACUUGAUCCCAAUUUGAGCGCCGCUUCCCGUCUAGUGAUCGGUGUUAUCGCCGAAGACAUUAGACGAUCAACUCGUUUGUCGCCCACAAGAUAUACACCGCGCGAAGAGUGUGUCCACACAAUCGUCGCAAACAUGUCUUCACGAGAUACAGAAGUGGUUCAACAGUUCAACGCUGAACUGUCAUCGCUCUAUGAGGUCCGGCCGCCGAUCUCUAAGGCCAAGAUGUCUCAGAUCACCAAAUCGUCGAUGAAAGCCAUCAAAAUGUAUAAACAUAUCGUCCAAUCGGUCGAGAGGUUUAUCAUUAAAAUCACCAAAUCGUCGAUGAAAGCCAUCAAAAUGUAUAAACAUAUCGUCCAAUCGGUCGAGAGGUUUAUCAUUAAAUGUCGGCCAGAAUACAAGAUCCCCGGCCUGUAUGUGAUCGACUCGAUUGUACGCCAAUCCCGGCAUCAGUUCGGUGUCGACAAAGACGUAUACGCGGCCCGAUUUGCCCGCAAUUUUGGCCAAACCUUUCAGAGUCUAUUCCUCACGUGUCCCACGGAUGACAAACCAAAGAUAGUGCGAGUGCUGAACCUCUGGCAGCGGAACAACGUGUUCACCGCUGAGACCAUACAGCCGUUGCUCGAUAUGGCCAACCCUAACGCCGCCCUAUCGGCCAUGAAGUUUGACGGCUCACCGCAACCGCACAUGAAUAGCGGCGGCGGUGCCGGCGGUCGAGAUGGCAAUCGCGGCGGUGAAUCCCGCGACACACCCGCCCUUAAAGACCCCACACUUAUUCUACAAUUGCAACAAUUGGCCAAUUCUUUAGGACUUACAAAACCGGGCAAUAAUUCGGGCGAUUCGGGCCAAGAGUCACAAAAUCAGAUAAAAUUCAACAAAAAACUCUUAGACUUUGAUUACGGCGACGACGAAGAAGACGAGGAGAGAGGGGAGACGCCCACCGAAUCGGAGCCCCCGAUGAGGGGCAGCGGCGGAGACGAUAAUAACUCCACGAAUCCGUUGGCCAUAAGUAUGGCCCAGAAUUUGCUGUCGAAUCCGGAACUGUUGCAACAGUUGCAGGCCAUGCAGAAGACAAUACAGCAAACGGAACUCCUGAAGCUCAGUAUAUCGGAGUUGGAAGCGCACGGAUUGGCCGGUUUGGGCCAACAAUCGGCCGCCGGCGGCAGUAGUGGCCAGCAGUUUAUGUCCGGCUAUCAGUCACAGCAACAGUUUGGCGGCCGUCGGUCGCGGUUCAGGUCUGACCAGAGAUCGGAUCGGUAUCGAGGAGAACGUCCCGAUCAGAGAUCGCGGUCCCGAUCGCCCCGUAGUAGUCGUCGCGGCGGCGAUAGAGAUCGGGACGGCGGCGGUGGUAGCCGUCGUUCGCAUCGGUCCCGUAGCCGUUCGCCCCGGGGUUCCCGCUUCUCGGAUCGGCCCCGUUCUCCGCAGAGUUUCGAGAGAGAGCGGGAACGGGAACGCCGGCGGAAGGGUCUGCCGACCCAACGCAAGGGCUAUAUGUCCAUCUGUUCGACCACUUUAUGGUUAGGACACGUUCCCAAACUGGUCUCCGAAGCCGACCUCAGCGACACGUUCGGCGAGUUUGGCGCCAUUAAUAGCAUCGAUUUGAUCCCAUCGCGAGGCUGUGCCUAUGUCUGCAUGAAUAGGCGUCAGGACGCGGCCAAAGCGUUGACCAAUUUGCGAAAUGUCAAACUACACGGAAGUGUUAUCAAAAUGGCUUGGGCUCCGGGCAAAGGCAUGAAAGGCAAAGAGUACAAAGACUACUGGGAGGCCGACGAGGGCGCCAGUUAUAUACCGUACACCAAACUGUCGGACGACGUGGACUUGGAUCUGCUCGAAGAGGGCGGAACCGUUGACGAGGACACUGUUCCCGAGAAACUACAAGAGAUCCGCAAACGAAAGAAUAAGGAACGGGAAGACCAGGAGAGAGAGGCGGCCGCUAUGAUGGCCAGAGCGGCCGCUAUGAUGCAGCAGCCGUUGUCUAUGGUUGCACUCCCGGCCACGUCUUACGGCGUUACGGGUCUGGUAAUACCGCCGAAUAUGAUGAACAUAACGAGUCACACGCCUGUGAUGUCGAUGCAGUCGGCGACCGACACGCCGCUGAUGACAACGGCGAUCAGCGCCACCGCUUACCCGCAAUUACAGGCGCCGCCGCCCAUACCGUCGCUGUUGUCCGACGACCCGCUCAAGAACGAGAUCACGGAAGUGGUGAUGAACACCGACACCAACGACCGCAAGAGCGACUCGGCCUCCAGCCUCAUGUCCAAUCCGCCGCUCUUCCCGCCACCGCUGCCGCCGUUUCAGACACCGCUCGGAAUGCCUCCAAUGCCACCCAUUCUGGGCGCCCAAUCGCAUCGUUUGCCGUGGCUGUCGGGCCCUCCGCCGCCAAUACUUCCCAACCGAAUGCAAGUCAGCCCUCAACGGCCGCCACUCUUAUCGAUGUCAUCGACUUCCACGGCGACCACUGACUCCAUCAUCACAUCCAUUAGACCCGAAGACAUGCGCGCGCUGUCCAAACCGGAGGACAGGCCGCCGCUGAUCGCCACACUUCCACCACUAGCCAUACCUCACGACGAACUGCCGCCGCGGUUACACCCGGACAGUCGGCAACCCAUGGAUCGCAUGGACCGAAACUAUCCGCCGACGCGCGACCGCUUCCGACCAAAUAUGGACGGCGGAGGCGUCGGUCGACACGAUAUGGACGGCCGUUCCCACAGCCAUCCCAACGACGAUCCGUUCGCGCCGUCCGUUUACGAGUUGCGGGCGAUGGAGAGGAAUCAGAUGAUGCGACCGCCGAUUCCGCACCAAAUGGCCGGAACAGGCCGUUCAGCUCUGUUACAAAUGCCGCACACAAUGCAAGAGAGGUUUGCGCCGCCGGCGAUGCCCUUCGAGCGGCCGCCGCAACAGAGGCCGUACCACCCGAGACAUCACCAAAUGAGACCAGACAUUAGGCAUCAUCACAACCAACACCCGCAGCAGUUUGUUGACCGACACCCGCAGCAGCAGAAUCAUCCACAGCAACAGAGCCGCGGCUCCGGUCGGGACCAGUACUCUAACCGAGGCUUUGGUGGCGGCGGCGGUGGUGGUGGUGGCGGACGACGGGAGCGGAUCUCCAGAUGGAAGGAGGUCAACGUGUGGGGCCCCAACCGAGUGGGCCCACUGCCCGUCACCAUUGAUCUAGUACAAUUAAUUAUGCCGCAAAAUAGCCUAUAUUAA